UACCAACUCGAGACAAAUAGGCCUCGAUCCAAACGUGCCACCGAUCUCUCCUCGCUGUUGCAAUCCCGCCAGCCUCUCUCCACCUCUCCCUCGCUCGUUGUUGCUGCUGAGCAUGGAGUGGAGCAGCGGAGCCGUCCUCGGCCGUGGCAGCUUCGGCACCGUCCGUCUCGCCUUCGUCCGACGCGCCGAGGACAACCGCCCGCUGGUCAUGGCGGUGAAGUCCGCCCCCCUCGCCACGUCCGACUCUCUACGCCAUGAGGAGUCCGUGCUGUCCGACCUCCGGUGCUGUCCUCACCUCGUCCGCUGCUUCGGCCAUGACGUCACCACCGACGCCGCCUCCGGCGCCCAGUUCUACAACCUCUUCCUCGAGUACGUCGCCGGGGGCACCCUCCGCGACGUGCUCGGCCGCUCCGGCGGAGCGCUUCGGGAACCUGCCGUCCGGCGGUACGCGCGCUCGAUCCUCCGCGCCCUGGAUCGCGUGCACUCGGGAGGGUACGUCCAUUGCGACCUCAAGCUUCAGAAUAUACUGGUGGAGAACGGCGGCGCGGACGUCAAGAUAGCGGACUUGGGGCUCGCCAAGCGGAUCGAGAAGGAGAUCGACGCGCGCGACCGUGGCAGCAUGCGCGGCACGCCGCUCUACAUGUCGCCGGAGUCGGUGGCGCGGCGCGAGUACGGGGCCCCGGGAGACAUUUGGUCGUUCGGUUGCGCGGUGGCGGAGAUGGUGACCGGUAGGCCAGCAUGGAGCGGGUCGGACGACGGAGAUGCGUGGGGACUGAUGUUCCGAAUUGGAUUCAGCGACGAGCUGCCGGAUAUCCCGAGCAAGCUGUCGGAGGAAGGGAAGGAUUUCCUGAGCCGGUGCUUCGUCAAGGACCCGUUCAAGCGGUGGACUGCAGAGAUGUUGCUGCAGCAUCCAUUCAUCGCAGCGGAGGAAGAUCUCGUCGAUGCCGCUGCGGCUUGCAAUCGAUGCAGUUCGACAGAAAGUUCGCCGCGGAGUGUCUUUGGAUUACCUCAAUGGUUGUCGCCGAGAUCUCCAUCAAAUUCUAUAGAUUCUUCCCUGAUGGAAUCAGUAGCUCCAGAUUCACGUGUUUCUUCUCCAUCCGAUCGUAUCAGGGAACUCGCAACGAUGCAGCAGCCCACUUGGUCCUCUCCUUCUACUUCUUCUUCAGCCGAUGGCUGGAUUGAUGUCAGGAUCUCUGAUGCUAAUCUCAAGUCAGAGGAACCAAAACAUGAAACUCAAGCAACUCUGGAGGAGAUGCUGAGUAGAAUUAGACGCAGAGAUGAUCUGAGACCAGAAAAUAGAAUCUAACAAAGAUGGGCUCUGCUGGCACAAUUCAGCUUUGCUUGUUAUUUCGACCCUUUAAGCAUGAAGGAUAGAACACAUUAUGACUCUCAUUCAACAAACGCUUUGACAGUGGAGUUUCUGACAAUUGAAUUAGGAGAGUCUGUCUGUCAUUGUUUUCCUUGACAGAGAAGUGUCAGGAGGUUCCUUCAGCUUUAAAUGGAUACAAUUGCUGAGAAGAUUGAUGCAACAAUUAGCUUGGAAAAUUGCUGUUGUUAUUUAUUCUCUAAUCUGCAAUGACAAAUGAUUAGAGAUGUUAUAGGCCAAUUUUCAGCAGGCUUCUCUCUCUCUUGACAUCACCAAUCCUUCAAACUAUGACAUGGUAGAUCAAUAUGCCAAGCAAAAAACAAGAAAUAACUGGUUGGUGGCUAAGAGUUUCAUCAUCACAUCAUUUUGAGAUCAUGCUUUGUUGGCUCAAAUUUAAUGGUCUAUAUCUCAGGGGACCUUGUAAUUUAAUAUUAACAUGUGUCUGCAGGCAACACU